UUCUAUAGUACGGGGUUCACACACAUCGUCGAAAGGAGCGUAAUCGAUCGGACUACGUGAACGACUCCAUUUGGUGCAGCAUCACUUGCUCGUUUGUGUCGUAUUUUCUCUUGAAAAUUGUGUGGUUCUGUGUUUCGUGAGCGAAAAUGGUGAAAAUGGAACAUGAUGAUGGUAAGAAUGAACCUGAACAUGUUCGGAAAUUGUUCAUUGGGGGCCUAGAUUAUAGAACUACAGAUGAUUCAUUAAAAAAGCAUUUUGAGCAAUGGGGUGAAAUCGUAGAUGUAGUUGUUAUGAAAGAUCCUAAAACCAAACGCUCCAGGGGGUUUGGUUUUAUUACUUAUUCACGUGCUCAUAUGGUAGAUGACGCUCAAAAUGCAAGACCACAUAGAGUUGAUGGUCGAGUAGUAGAACCUAAAAGAGCUGUGCCGAGACAAGAAAUUGGUACACCUAAAGCUGUAACAGUAAAAAAAUUAUUUGUCGGUGCUUUAAAGGAUGAUCAUGAGGAAGAAGAUCUCAGACAAUAUUUCCAAAGUUAUGGAAGUAUAAAUUCAAUUAGCAUUGUUACAGACAAAGAAACAGGGAAAAAACGUGGAUUUGGUUUUGUCGAGUUUGAUGAUUAUGAUCCUGUUGAUAAAAUUUGCCUUCAGCGUAACCAUCAGAUACGUGGAAAACAAGUUGAUGUCAAAAAGGCCUUGAGUAGAGCAGAAAUGGCAUCUGCUAGUGGAGGAGAUGGUGGUGGCGGUGGUGGAAGCAGAGGAGGACAAGGUGUUGGAAGAGGACCACGUGGUGGAAAUCAGGGUGGAGGCAAUUGGGGAGGCCGUGGAAGUGGUGGAGGUGGUGGAGAUUGGAAUAAUGGUGGUAAUCAAGGUGGUUAUGGUGGAGGUAAUCAAGGAGGUUGGGGAGGUAACGGCCCAUGGGAAAACCAGAAUCAAGGUAAAGGUGGAGGAUGGGGUGGCCAAGGCGGUCAAGGUGGUUACAACAGUGGUGGAAACUGGAGUAAUGAUAAUUUUGGAGGAGGAUAUCAACAAGGCUAUGGUGGUGGACCAGUACGAAAUAAUUUCAACUCUGGAGGCAGACCAGCACCCUACGGUAUUAAUAUGGGUCCUAGUGGCCGACAGUCUGGAGACUCGAGAUGGCUACCGCCCUUUGGUGGACAAGGUCCUAUGGGUGGAGGUAACUCAGGAGGUGGUGGAGGUUAUGGAAAUCAAGGAGGCUAUGGUGGCAAUUCUCUUGGCGGUGGAAAUAUGGGUGGCGGCGGAGGUGGAGGUGGUGGUAGAAGAUACUAAAGUUUCUGUCACACAACUAGCUCUCUCAUUCAUUCUCCCUCACAUGGUGAACCUACUACUUGUCUUCUAGUCGCCAGUACUUCUGUACUGUUUAGUAGUGGAGCAGGCAGGGCUAUAAGGCUAGAGACAAGACCAGGCAGGACAAUCAGGAUACAGGACAGAGAAGCAUCAUCUGUUAGCUUGCAGUGAGGGAGGCUUAUGCCUGUAUUUGUUUCGGUAUCUAGCACCUACCACAUCCCCUACACAUUCAACUCAUCAUGUGAAAUUGUUGCAUCAUAUUUCUUAGGCAGUGUCAGCACAUGUUGACUGGCACAUAUAAUACUUAUUAGAAGAGGCAAUGAUUAUUUGUUUAAUCACAAUUACCACCCAUAAAAGACUCGUGUAUUGGAAUAGUUAAGAACUGAAUCUUUUUCUGAUUGACGGUAUAUCUAUACCAUGCAACCUGAUUAAUUGCAUAUUACUUUGUUACAUUCAUUUCUGCGGUGUAUUAGAUAAUGUUUGUGUAGGAUAACAUUGUGGACAUUGAAAAGCUCAACUGACCCUCAUGACGAAAAAAUAGUUUAUUUACAAAUAAUAGGUUUUACUAUUUUGAUCGUACGUUUUGGGUAAAAAAAAAUGCAAUUUUUAUUAUUUAGGUAGAAAUUUUUGAUGCAAGAGAAAAUAUAUGAAAGAAUAUUGAUAAAGUUUUAAUAGCAGUUAAAGUAGGCAAUUAAGAAAAAGCAUAGCGUCAGUCAGCAUUUUAUAGGUUACUUAGAUUAACCAAUUAUUGAUUAAGUUGUAAUGUUUUAAGAGCUAGCUAAUAAAACUGACCAGAACCUUUUCCACGUCACUCUUUAAUUUAUGAAACAACGAAAAAUCGAUCAGCAGCAUAGGUUAAGUCAGAGGUACAAAAAUUAUAGCUGUGAGGAUUGCAGAGAACAGGAAAGUAUAGACAGAUGAAGACAGAUAGUAUACCGGCGGAAAGAUUUAAAUAUCAUGUAUGAUAGAAAAGAUUGUUGUACUUUUGUCAACUGCGUAGAAAAUGAAGGCACCAAUGAGUGUUUUAUAUUUAUGUGUAAAGACAGUAUUAAAUAAUUUGUAUAUACGAAAAAA